AUGCAGUGCCUCUGGGUUUCAUCUGGAAGUGGGAAGAAGUCUGAGAUGCCGACCCUGACUCGGAGUGUGGUCAGAGUCAGACACAAUGGUGCUACGUCUUCAGUGGGUCUCCUUGGUGGAAGCUGGGUGUACUCCGAAGAGCAAAGGUUUUGGAGAUACACAGUGGGUUUGUAUCCCAAUUCCUUCUCUGUGUGGCCCCAAGCAUAUUGCUUGACCCCUCUCUCCAAACCUAGAUUCCAAACCCAGAUUUGCUCAUCCUACCUUGUAGGAUUGUUGCAGCCCAUGCUUAUGAAAUGCGAGGCCCAGGCCUGGGUGACGGUGUGUGACUGA